AUUUAAAAACAGCAUUAGGUUACACUUGACCGGUUUGUGUUCGCUCCAACAAACUAGCGUUUCGUAAAGUUAGUAGCUCAGCUUCGAGGAUUAAACAUAAUCAUCUCACCUAUUUAUACUGAUACGAUCAUGCCUGUAUAUAAGUUGAUAUACUUCGAUGCCAGAGGACGAGGUGAGAUGAUUCGCCUGGCGUUUGCAGCGGCCGGGGUUAAAUAUGAGGACUGUAGAGUGACUGGAGAAGAAUUUAAGGAAUUAAAAGCCAGUAAGUUAUGUAAUUCAUAAUUACGGGGUGUUUUAAAACCCUUCAACUAUAUUUUGAAUGUUAAUAUUUUAUUCACAUAUGCAGUUAGUAUAGCAUUACCGCAGGCCUAUGGUUUCUAUAGGAAAGGUAUUUGGCGCCAAAUAUGACAAAAUAGAUCAUGAAUAGUUGUGUGAUAUAUAUUACUGCAAAUAUAUACAGUAUAACUCGUGAUGAAUAGGUUACUCUUCCAAAUAUUUAAAUAUUGAAAGCGCAUGAUAUAGGUUACAAAUCAUGGUUUAUAUCACAACUCGUGAUAUAGAUCACAAUCCACAAUGUAGCUCGUGAUAUAGUUUACAAUUUCGCGUUCGGAAUUACUUCAUCGUACGACUCGUAUAGUUGACGGAGGGCUAUUUUAUAUUCUGGGGGUGGGGACAUUACAUUGGACCAUUAAUUGGACGACAUAUUCAUUGUUGAUGCUUCGCGCCUUCGCUUCGAUUUUGAGCUGUAACUGACCGUCGUAAACACUGCGGAAGCUUACGUUUUCAUGUACCCACUUUUUUCAGGUGACCGGGCAAAAAAUGAUCAACUGUGCAAGUUCCGCGAGCAGUUAAAGAGGGUCGUCAUGCAAUUGGAUGCAUGCAUCUAGUAACUUGCCGAGCAUGCGCACAAACAAAUGGGCACAGUAGUUAUAACUGUCUGUAUGUCUCUACUCUGUGGUAGUGUACACAAAAGUUGCCACAAUGCAUUAGGGCAUGGAACAUUAUAAACACGGCGUAGAAUGGCAACACUUCGCCACAGAAUAAAGAUCAGUACCAGAAGGGCCGCUCAGCGGUGCAACGUGUCCCCAUUUUUCUAUGAAAAAAUAUGCAAUUGACUGGCUAGGAAGAUGGCGGCCAGGGUUCCGACGUAAGUGGCCCUUCUGUGUGCCUUAUUCUGUGACUUCGCCUCAAAGCACGACUUAAAGGGUCUACACUGCAAAUUGCAUUCUCACUUUCCAUCGUUGAAUAUGAAUAUUUCGUUGCCUUAGGGCGCACAACACAAACGUUUCACCAGCGUUAGGUAAAAUCUGGAGAACCUCUCGAACAACAUUACACGAAUCAGUAUGGGUAAUUUCAGUAAACGUGUUUCGUGGCCCACUUGUGUUGCUGACUGGUAAGCGGUACUCGUGGCGUCGUCGUAAUAUAGUUUGGUAGCUCACUCUAAUUUCCACAGCAACUUGAGACCAUCAGCUGCGGUGUAUCCCAUGUAAGUUGGUCAAAGCAUUCUGUGGAAAACUGUAUCGUCUUCUUCCUUUAUGAACAAUUUCCUCUAAUGGACAAGUAAAACUCAGUGGGUUAGCCAAGUUCUCAUUUCUGAUCCAAAGCGCGUCGUAACUAUUGCACAAUGAUUGCAAUUCAGGCACCAAAAUACCAAGAUCAUUCUGAAUUUGUCGAUCGUCAAUGCGUUCUAUUGCACGCUGGAGAAGUAUAUUUACAACAAAUAAAUUGUCUUCUAGGCGUCGCUGGAUAAACUCAACAACAUUGAUAUUGUCACAAAAUAAUUGACGACGUGCCUCUGUAAUUGAUUUGGAAUAUUUUUCAAGAAAGCUUCGGUGUUUAUUUCUGGGCUUGUAUGGACGUUUCCCCUUAUAACUAAAAUUUUAAUCUAGAGAAAAAAUUCAUCACAGGUUGAAAGAGCGUCACAAAAUUAGUAAUAUUGCGAAGUUUGCAGUUUUGCAGUCAUUUUGUAUUACACACGGGAAAUUGACAGCCCAAUUGGGUGUUGGGGCAUCAAUUUCCCGUUUCUAAUACAAAAUGACUGACGAAAAUUGCAAAUUUUGCAAGGCUAUAUUAUCCGCAUUUUACAACAUUUCGCAACGAAACUUUGGAAUAUUACUAUUUUUGGCUAGAUCAAAAUUUUAGUUAUAAGGGGAAAAGUCCAUUCAUGGCGCCAUUUUGAAACCCUGAAAACAUUUUAAAAUUUGAAACAUUCUCGAAUAUAAAAUGGCUAGUUUAUCUAUUCCGUCCACUAUAUGGGUCAUAAGAUGAAGUAAUUCCGCACGCGAAAUUGUAACCUAUAUCACGAGCUGCAUUGUGGAUUGUGAUCUAUAUCACGAGUUGUGAUAUAACAUAUAAACCAUGAUUUGUAACCUAUAUCACGAGCUGAAAUGUAAUCUAUAUAACGAGUUGUGAUAUAAACCAUGAUUUGUGAUGUACAAUAUUGAAAUAUUUGGAAGAGUAACCUGUUCAUCACGAGUUAUACUGUAUAUAUUUGCAGUAAUGUAUAUCACACAACUAUGAUCUAUUUUGUCAUAUUUGGCGCCUCAUAGAAAGGAUAACAUUUGAUAAUCAUAUUUAUAGUCCAUAUUCUGUGAUUGACAGGCUUAGCUCAGACACUGGAAGAGCAAUGUAGCACAGGCCUGGGCACUAGGUUGGAAAGGACAAGGUUAUGAGAAAGGAGAAGACAUAACCUGCAUUUAUACUUUAAAAUUUACCUUCUCUGCAUUGAUUCUCGUAAUGCACAAUUCUAAGUUGCAUAAUAAUUGGGGCUAUCUUGCCAUGUGUAAAAGAAGGAACGAUUGGGAAACUUCAUUUUCUAACCGUUUCUUGCGACUCUCCAACUAUUUCCUUCCUGAACCCAAAAUGUUCUUCUGGAAGAAAACGUGCAUGCUUCUAAUUGAAAACGCUGAUAAUCAAACGUGUUUCCUCCGGCCUAAACCUAGGCAAUCUAUCUUUAAUUUCAGCGUUAUUUCACAUGAGAGAACCAAGGCGAUUUGGGGGAGGGUGGAGAAAGAAAGAGAUACCUUGCUAGCCGAAAAUUAACCAAACUUGCGAAAGCCAGCCGAGUAAUAGGUUUAGGUCUAGGACUACGUUUGACUGUAUCAGCAGAUUGCAGCACCCAGCAGUCGAUAUACGUAGGUGAACUGCAGUAAGUAAUAAAUGCAGUUAUCUUAUACCUUGCAAUAAUACAAAUAUAUAUGACUUAAAUUAAUAAAUCAUUCUAGCUGUUCCUCUAUAAAUAGGGGUUAUUUGAGGUUACGUAAAUAUACAUAGAAUGAUAGAUAAGAAAAAUAAUCUUAGGAAUGUAGGAACUGGGGAACUCCCCGUUCUUUUGUUAACAACAUAAAAUUUGUAAAAAUAGGAAGUUGGAAAAUUGUAUGAUAGUCCUCAUGUUUUUUAUUAUGGUUCUUGUAAAUACACACUGCUACGCAAUUUUCUAGGUGGAAUUGUACCAUUUGACCAGUUGCCAAUUCUUGACGUUGAUGGCAAAAUACUUGCAAAAUCAGCGACCAUUUGCAAGUAUGUUGCGAGGGAAACAGGUCGGUAUGAGUUACUAGUUUAUUUUCCAUGCAUGCAUGCAUGGGGUGCUCCCGUAUGUACGCUGUAUACAGGUAUAUAUUGUAGGUAUAUAUACCGUACAUUGGUAUCACCUUAGUAUUUAUACAUGAACUUGUGGUUAGAGCUCACUCACUUCCUCUGUUGCUUAGAGCGCUGCACCGGAAUCACAGGGCCGCCGGUUUUCAAUUCCUGCCAGAGGGUCGAUAGUCUUGUGGUUAGGUCUAAUAAAUGUAUAAGAAUUCCACUUAAAAUUUCCAUCACAAAUUCCUUCAAUAUAUAGGUAUAUGCCGUCCCAAAACGUUUUUGGCUUGUUUUGGAGAUUUUACAGUUUUGGUCUGAAAUAGGAUAGUUUCGAUCUGAACUGGGUAUCCCUAGCUGUCUUGGCGCUAAAGAUGAAGCGUUGGAAUGUUUUUACUAAACGUUAUAUAUUUUGUUUAUAUGGCGUUGUUGCGUACGCUGUGCUGGCGGCUCCUGGUUUAUCACUUGCACUUACAUUGUCAGGGUGGGUUCGGAAAUAUCCCAAACUGAUCAGCUCUUCCAUCUCAGCUGUGCUCUGUGAUCAGACGUGAGUCAUACGGUGGCAGGUCCGAGGCUCUCUUAUUAAGUAUUCGACCAGAGGCGGCGAUAGUGCUCCUUCAAGGGGGGGGGUGAGGUAUAGUUUGGCUGAGUCGUUAGCUUGAUCUGUAUUAGCCUAUGUACACGUGCACAUUUACCAAACUUUGGUUAGCAUUACACUUACGUGAACUACGCAAAAGUCUCCACUUUAACAACAAAAGCUGUCAGAUCUGUCGACUUUAUUUAACUAGUACGAAGAGUUCUUGGGGGGUCUUUGAAAUCAAGAGGUCUCCGAAAUUGAAUUUCCUGCAUUAUGGGAAGAUUUGAAGUGGCUACAUCAAAGAUUGGAACUGAUCCUAACCACAAACAGCAACUGUUUUCAGCCAUGAUCGCUGUCAAAAACCAACUCCUACGUCUGCAUUUUUGUAUAUUAGGCUGCUUUGUUGUUUUAAAUUUUUAAAUUAACCUCUACGACUCGCGAUAGAGCACAUUUUCAAGAAUUCAAGAUAUAAAUAAAUUCACGUUUGGUUUUAAUUCAAAUAAUUCAAUUCGAUGAUUUGAUCUAUAUCCAAACAGCUCAAUUAGUUUUGCCGAAUGAAUGCAACAAUUUGCCCACUCGUUCAUGAGUCCACACCCUCUCUAUAGGGCCGCCCCUGUCUUCGACUCGAUUACGUUGAGUUGUUGAAGCUGCUUCCUCGUAACUCAGUUCAGCUCUCAGCUGCAAGUGAGGAUGAUUAGAAAACUCUUGCCGUACUUACGUAUAAAUUAAACCGUGUAAUGGAAUACAAACUUUAGAAUUCACGUCUGGGCGUCACGAAUGAAAGAUUUCAUUGCACAGUCAGUGAAAUGGAGAUUUCUCUUCAGUUAAACGACGUUAGGUUAUUAAUAAAGUGUUUUUAUCAGAACUUUGGGCAUCUGAUCCAAUGGAACUAAAUGUUGAAGGAAUUUUAUGCAGAAAGAUAUGCCGUGUGUAAAUUAUACACAUUAUACUACUAUCUGUUUAUUAUUCAACAAGGGUUUGCUCCGACAGAAAGUUUUGAAGUCGCAAAAGCUGACAUGAUCGUGGACGGUCUCGAUGAUCUGAUGGACAAAUUAGUAAAAUAUUAUCGUGAAAAAAAUGAAGAGACAAAGGUAAUGUUCCUUGUAGGUAUGGAAAGUGAUAAAUCAAACUGGUUUGUUUUGUAGUAAAACUCUUUAUUAUAUUUUUGACGAACUUACUGCAGAGAUUUUCAAUACAUGCGUUUGUUGUCCAGAACAGAAAAUAAAUUUAUAAAAUAACAUGUAUAUAACGCGUAUUCUGAUUGGUCGAAAGCCGUGUUUGGAUCAGGCCAUCCAAACACGGAAGACUACCGUGUUGUUGUUAUUUUAUAAAACAAUUACUUUAUGGUUUCCGUGUUUGGAUGGACUGAUCCAAACACUUGGGAAUGUUGCUCGAGUUAAGAAAAGCGGGCAAAAUCACUCGCCUUCGGCUCGUGAUUUCGCUCGCUUUUCUUAACUCUCGCAACAUUCCCGCGUGUUUGGAUCAGGCCAUCCAAACACGGAAACCAUAAAGUAAUUGUAUAAUAUGGUUUUUGAGUGAUACUGUGCGCCAACGAUCAUGGUCAAAUUUUAGUAUGUGAGGUAUUUUGCUUUUUCACCGUAAUUUUCUCAUGUAUACAGGUUGUACCAAUAAAAUAUGAGAAGAUGUACUUUUCUUUCUAUUUUUUGCUAGUAGUUUGAAAAAUGAAGAAAGUACUGACAGAAUUUUGAGAAAUUUCAUGUGCAUUGACAUUGACACAUUGUGCAAGUGUAAUUUGUACAUAAAAGGCGACUCAGAAAAUGAGCAUCAGAAUAAACAUGUUGCCCUGUACUUUGCUAUAAUAGUUUUAAAAUAUUAUGUUUUCAAAGUAUGUUUUCAAAGUAUUUAAAAAAACAGAUAAACAUAUAGCAACUCUCAAUUCUCUGACCCUAAUUUCGAAGUGUAAACUUUGUAUUACUUUUAAACACAAUUUUCGCUCGUUCAAAAUUCUAUAAACACGAAUUUUGUCAUGUUACAGAUUGUACCAGGCCAGGGUUGUGCCAACGAAAUAUCGCUGUUUUACAUUAAGUUUCAAAGCAUUUUAAGUCGGUUUUAAAUUUCUUGGUUUUAAAAAAUCAGAAGUGUUAGUAUUUUGGUUUUGAUUUUGAAUUUCACAUUUUAUUGAAGCUAUCAGACGGCAUUUGAAAAGGAAAUUUUUGGCUCUGUGUUGUUUUGCAGUGAAACAAUCGAUAUUUAUAGUUUACAUGCAUUGUAAAAAAUAUGGCAAUAGAGGAAAUCAAAGUAUUACUGCAACAUUAUUUGUCAGCUAAUCCAAUGUUUGUGAUGAUUUGUGGCCACUGAUUUUGUGGCCCUAAACAGCCGCUGCAAAAUUGUCUUUUGAAGGCUUCGUUCAAGUAAUCAAGUUGUUUAUGUAAUUAUGUUUUUAAAUCAAGCAAGUGGAAGCACGCAUUACGCAUAUCUUCCUCUCCCGCUGAAAACCCGAGCAGUUUUUGCGCCCCACCUGUUGUUAUUCCAUGUUGAAUUGCAAAUAGAUGACGUAUUCUUAAUUAAAUAAUGACGUAAUUUUCUGAGUCGCUGAUUGGCUACAAGCUCACAGUGAACAGCUAACUUAACAAAACGAUAGCAAUAUAUCUGCGCUAGCGCAGAUACAAAAACUCUUGAUUGGAAAGCAGCUUUAUUGUAUCUAGUAUCUUGGUAAUACGCAUGACGAAAACACAACAAAAACCACGAGCGUGAAGGAGCUUUUACUCAACUGAUUACAUGUGGCUUUUAAUGAAGAAACAAGGGUUUUCCUCGUAAGACGACUUGCCUUGAAAUACUUAAUUCUUUAUGCAGCAUUUGCGCCCAUAUUGCAUCAAAUCAAUGCAGCAACUGGAGGAAACAUAAAGGUUACGGUAGUUAAAUAUUGUAGUUGUAUAUUAUUUUCCUUUCCAAUGUCACCACAUAAUUUUGUGUCUAUUUUGUAGCAAAAACUAUUUAAAGAAUUCUACGAGAACCAUCUUCCACAUGCUCUAGGAAUAUUUGAGAAACUUCUGAAGUCUCGUGGUGGAAAAUAUUUUGCAGACAAUAAGGUAAAUGAGGUUUUUCAUAUGCCAUACUAUGCUCCCUUGGUCCGUUUCAUAGAACCGAUAAAAUAUGGUGUGUUUUUUUUUUCUUGCGUUCCGAAAUCAUAUUUUACGCUUUUCUGCAAUCUGAUUGGCUACGCGAGCGGUCCGUAUGAGCCCGUACGGACCGCGCGAGAUUUAAAGCCGUAGAGCCAACUGAAGGUUUUUAUUUUUAAAAAUUUAAAGACGAGUUUAAAGGCUACUUUUUAAAACAUUAAAAUGUCUAAAGGCGAUGAAUAGCGCAGUACUAGUGAAAGUGAAUUUUACUAUCGUAAGUCCGAUUUCAGAACUGGCAAAAAAAGCGUGUUAUCUUGAACGAUGACAGUGUCUCGGACUAAAUAUAACCAUUUUGAGGUUUUUCUGUUAGAUUUGAUUCCUUUAUAAUAAACUUCCAUUGGAUAUUUAUAUAUUUAAACGACUUUUGUUCGUUUGAAUAUAUAUGUUAUUAUGUCAGGGCCUUCGCUCGAAACGUCGAAGUUUUCCUCAUAUUUUCCAGGUUAGUUGUAUGUCCUCACCACUGCUGUUUCUAAUCACAGAGCCCGAAUCGUAUUCCUCGAUUUUACUACUAGAUGACGUAUGAUGAGGGCGAGGAUUUCUGAUUAGAUCUAAUCUGAUUACAACUAAUCACAACAGAUGACUAUGUAAAUUUGAAAAACAUAUAUGCCCGAAUUGAUAAGCCAAGCUUGUGCCAAUCCUCCGUCACUUGGUAUAUAUAGCUAUAUAGCUAUUACGUACCUGGUCCCAUUGUCAAAAGGACUGGCUAUACAGCCUCGUUUUCGGCCUUGUCAUAUCCCUUCUGGUUGGAUAAAGGUCUCAUAUAAUUAUAUAAUUUUCUAAUAUAACAGUAUGAUUUAGAGAAGGCGUCAAUCUGUUACAAGACAAAGAAUUCUAAACCCAAUAUCUCAAAUCACGAAAACGAGGCUUUAUAACCACGGCUGAGUAUACUUUCGCCGUUUCGGGAAGGGUGUGAAGCAUCAUCUAACUGACGGACCAACCAUCCAAAAACAAGCUGACAAACUACGAAGUUUUGAAUUAUAAAAUAUACAGGGUGUCCCAAAAAAACGGAACUCAUCUAAAUUAAUUAUAUAUUCAUUGCAAUGAUCAGCUCAUAAUAAUACAGUAGUUUAACUUAAUGACCUUGACGCCUCUGAGACUUGUAAAAUAUGCUACAAAAAGCUGUUGUGGCACACUUAUUUUGGUCAGCAAAUUAUCUGACUUUUAAGUUACGUUUUGCAUAACCUAAAAGCAGUUGUUGAAAUAUAGUGUAUUUUUUCAUGCGGAAUACGGUCAAGUACCAGGUUUUUCUAUUACAACCAAAAAUCAACGCCUCGGGGCAUUCCCAUGGUCCUUUGCGUUUUACUCAAUUUUCAUCGCAUUCCCAUGAAUCCUUGCAUGAAUAAACAACAUUAGGGACUGUGGAAGAGUCAGACCAUACAUUACAUGGGCUAGGUUAAAAUGCGGAAGCGGAUGCGGAACGGAUGCGGAACCGAACGGAACGGAUGGGGUCAAAAUGCGGAACGGAAUCCGUUCCGUUCCGCAUUUUAACCCCAUAUCCGUUCCGCAUUUUAACCCCACCCGUUCCGUUCCGCAUAUCCACUUCCGCAUUUUAACCUAACCCUAUAUUACAUGUAUUAGCACAAGUAGAUACGGGACUAAAUCCACCAGGGGGCAUUUGACAUUCGUAGCUUGCGUUCACUUUUACUUCCACGUCUGCCAAUGCUCAACAACUUUCCUGAAAAUUUGCUUAUAACCCACCUGCAACUUUAUACCUAAAAUUUGCUUAUAACUCAUCAGCAACUUUAUACCUAGAGUUACUUACGUUACUUAGGGGAAGUGUUACAAAUUCUACCCUCCCCCGAUCGCUGCGACACUAGACAGCGUGAUAAACUGGACAUUCAUUCAGUGAGAAUCUUGAAUGGCUGAGACGUGUCCAGUAACCUUAAGCACUGCUAAUUAAACAAGCGCUAGACCUCUGAAAAUGUUUAAAAUGUUUUUUACUUUUAACAGCUGACGUAUGCAGAUAUAAUAUUCUUCUCAUAUAUUGAAAUGUUUGAAAACCUGAACAAAGGUCCUUCAGCUUCACCAAUAUUGGAUAACUAUCCCGCACUAAAAGAUCUGACUAGCACAGUUUCAAGCAACCCUGGAAUAAAGAAAUGGUUGAGCGAACGGCCUGAUACAACAUUCUAAAUGUAAAAACGUAUAACAUAAUCUAAAUGAUUAAUUCCAUUCAGUGAGAUGUACGUUUUUAGUUGUGACGAAUAAAGAUCAGAAAUUGGAUGAAUGUUCCUG